AUGCUUUCAAGAACAGUAACGAGGCGGCUCGCCUCUUCGCUGCGCAACGCUGCUGCACGACCACAGUCACAACUCAGGAACCAGACACAACGGAGAUGGGCAACUGCGGCGCCGAAGCCGGGAUCAGGGCCCUUGAUGGAGAGGCGGGCUGAUAGAGAGCUUCCUGAUAUCAACCAAAUCACCUUCCGCUGGUCCCGCUCGCUCCCCAUCUUUGCCGCCGCCAUCGUCCUCUCCAGCGUCGCAAUCUUCAACUACCAGAAGUCGUCGUCGCCCGUGAUCGCAUCGACAAUGUACGCCCUGCGCACCAACCCGCGGGCCCGCGAGCUGCUCGGCGACGAGGUCUACUUCAAGCACCAGAUCCCGUGGAUCUCGGGCGAGAUGAACCAGCUGCACGGACGCAUCGACAUCAGCUUCAGCGUCAAGGGCACCAAGGGCGAGGCCGUCAUGAAGUUUGCCAGCUUCCGGACGUCGCACAAGGGCUUGUUCGAGACGACAGAGUGGAGCCUGGAGACGCCCGACGGCCGCAAGGUCGACCUGCUGGACGGCGCCGAUCCGUUCCGGGGCAUCGUUGGUGGGGAUCUGGACGACGAUUUGGACGAGCCUGCGUCGGCGGCGACGAGAGGCUUUAGGCAGAACAUCAAAUAA